ACAGCAAGGAAACUGAUCACAUGACGAGAAAGGACCAAUGUUUACUAACAAAAUGGUGACUCCUUGCAGUGGGGCCAAGCGGGGCAUAGGGAAGUAGCCGAUAGAAUCGUCGAGAACAUUUGAACUAGUGCAAGUCAUUUGAGAGCGAGCAUAUAUAUACCAUAUAAACCACCGAGGAGCACCCGCCGUCGCUUUGGAGUACUACAUCUUGGACGUCGUCGCAAACCUCAAGUGUGCAUCAUGGCAGUGACGAUCAAGGCUUAUCUGGAAGAUGGAGAGAUCCGCCGAUUUGUCAUCGAGGACCUGCGGGACUAUCACACUCUUCACGAGAGAAUCCAGUCUGCCUUUCCAGCCUUGGCUGGCAACAGGCAGUUCACUCUUUCCUGGAGGGAUUCAGAGGGAGACGAGAUUGUCAUGUCCAGUGAUGCAGAACUGGCGCAGGCUGUGCAGAACAUGAAAGAUGGCCUGUUGAGGAUUUCUGUGACCAUCACUGACCAGACGAAGCGAGGUGGAGCUGUUCCCAGCACAUCGACGCAGGGGCUUCACGCUGGAGUUGUUUGUGACGUUUGUGACCAGGAGAUUCGUGGCGUGCGUUACAAGUGCCUGCAGUGUGAAAACUACGACCUCUGUGGGCCAUGCCAUGGAAGGAAGGUGCACGAGGAGCAUGACUUGCUCAAGCUUGUCAACCCUGGCAUUCGUCCUGUGUGGUCAUUUCCUGGCUGGAAGCGCUUGUGGCGCCAUUGUGGCAACCCUCGAAGAGGAGGCUGCCCAGUCCAAGGAGGUUCCCAUCGCAUGGCACACAGGCCAGACCAGAAACAGCAGUACCAAGAGAUCCUGCGUGGCAUUGGAGACACUGUGGCCAACUUUCUUGAACCUCUUGGCAUCACAGUCGAUGUGCUGAACGACAUGGCCAGCAACACUUCACCACCACCAGAGCAGCAGCCCAAGAAGGACAGUGCCACAGAGCCCAUGGACACAUCAGCGGCCACUGGCGAGAGCCAUGCUGCAGAGCCACAGAGACCUGUUCAAGCAGUGGCCAACAGCAGUGUGCUGGGGGGACCAUUCACAAUGGCCGAGACCAACAGUGGGGAAGCCCAGGAGGAAGCACCCAGGGCUUCUGAGCCUGCAGCGGAGGUUGAGGUGCCCUCUGGCUGGACUCUAUUGAAUGCACUGCGGGACUCCCAUCUGGGUGAUGACCUCCCUCGUCCCGUGAGCCUGGCUGCUCAGGCUGGAGACAACCCUGUGGACAUUGCCUUGGGCCAGAUGCUGGCCAUGGGAUUCAACAAUGAGGGCGGUUGGCUGCGUCAGCUGCUUGAAGUCAAGCAUGGAGACAUUGGAGCAGUCCUCGAGUCACUGCAUCCCUCCCCCAAAUGAGGCCACUGGAGCCGUGGUUGGAUUAAAUUUUUUUUCCUAUCAUUACUUCGGUAGAGUUCUUGGUAGUGUCUUAUGUGCAUGCCCAAAGUGUCACUGCCAGUAUUCUUAAUUUUUCGAUUUUAUGGCGGUAUUGUGCUCCCCUCAAAGUUGCAUAACUGGGGUUCCACUGUAUCAUGUAGAGACAUCUCUGACAAGCAUAUGUAAAGUGCAAAUAAAAAUGUUUUAUAUUCUCUUGGUGA